AGAGUAGUAAAGAAAAGAAACCCAAAAUGCAAAUGGCCAUAGUACACUUGCUGCUGCUCGGUUUCGUACUCAUCUUUAGCUUCUCCUGUAAACCUUCAUUUUGCUGCCCAUAUGAUCAGAAACAAGCCCUCCUUCAGUUCAAAUCUAUUUUUGGAAAGCCCUUUGGGAAUUCUUCCUCCUCCGACAAUGCAGUCCUUUAUGGCCUGGAGUCCUGGAAUUCUAGUUCGGAUUGUUGUAGCUGGAACAGGGUAACCUGCAGUUCACGCUCACGUUCACGGCCUGUGAUCAGUCUUGAUCUCUCCUCUCUUACCUUUAUACUUUUUGAGACUCCUUUUACUUCAGAUGUCUUGAAGCCACUUUUUCGCAUAAAAAGCUUGAUGACACUCAACAUCUCCUACAGUAGUAUUUAUGGAGAAAUUCUUUCAGAUGGCCUUGCCAACCUCACUAACUUGGUUAAUCUUGAUAUGUCGGCGAAUUGCUUCAAUGGCUCCAUUCCUUCUCAUUUAUUCCAUUUGUCAAGUCUCCAAUUCCUUAAUCUGAGCUAAAAUCUCUUUGAAGGGACCCUAAGUAGUGAAGUGGGUGCAAUUCAGAACUUGAAGACAUUAAACUUGGAUGGGAACCUUCUCCAUGGAAAGAUCCCAUCUGAGAUCGGUAACCUCACUCGUCUUCAGCAAUUGAUACUUCGAAAAAACAAGUUCUCCGGUGGAGUCCCAUCCACGGUCUUGAAUUUGAAGGGCCUGGAAGUGUUGAACUUGCAGAAGAAUUCUUUGUCAAUGGAGAUUCCGGCUGGGAUAGGUGAGUUGUCCAACCUAUCAACUCUGUCCUUGAACAUGAACAGAUUGGUUGGUGGAAUUCCAUCAACCAUACAGAAAUUAAGCAAGUUGAAAACACUUCAGCUGGACAAUAACCUGCUGUCUGGAGUGAUCCCACCGUGGCUGUUCGAUAUCAAAAGCCUCGAGAACCUGGGUCUUGGUGGAAACAACCUCACUUGGUACAACACUGUGAAGAUAGCUCCCAACUGCAUGUUAUCUUCAUUAUCUCUAAAGUCUUGCCGACUUGCUGGAAGCAUCCCUGAUUGGCUUGCCACACAAAAGAGCCUCAUUUUCUUGGACUUGAGUGAGAAUGAGAUUGAAGGAACCAUCCAGGUGAAUUGGAAGACAUUCGAAGAGUUGAUUGUGAAUUGGAAGAAAUCAGUGCAAGGUCUGUCUAGCCUCAAUCUUGAUAUCUAUUGCUUGAUGGACUUGUCAAUGAACCAGUUGUCUGGCGAAAUCCCUGAUUCCAUUGGUGAGCUUAAAGGAUUAAAGUCUCUAAGCUUCUCCUAUAACCAACUCACAGGAAUGAUUCCAAAGAGUUUGGGUGACCUAGAGAGCACAGAGAUGCUGGACUUAUCACACAACAAGCUUUCAGGCGAAAUACCACCCUCAUUUGCAAAGCUCCAACAGCUUACAGUAUUGGACUUGAGCAACAAUAAGUUGAAAGGUCCAAUUCCAAGGGGUAGGCAAAUGGACACCAUGGACAAUCCAAGUUACUAUGCCAACAACAGUGGCUUGUGUGGAAUGCAAAUCAAGGUGCCAUGUUCAAUUUCCCCGCCAGAAUAUGAACAUGAACAUUUGCCAAAGAAGAAUUCUCAGCAAAGAAAGAGUGAGGAGGAGAAAUGGUUUGUGUUGGAAGGUGCUGGAAUUGGUUUCUCAAUUGGGUUUGUCUCAACAAUAGUAACCAUCUAUGUUGCAGGGUAUUUUGACCACUCGACACCCCGACGCCACCAUGGCUAUAGAUGUCGUCGCCAAGGUUAA